AGUCAAACUAACGCCAACUGUUUGUAUCGUUGUUGGCCUAGAAGUCUAUUCAGUAUAUUCGCAGAGUGCGGUAUAUUUUACGCUGGAAAGAAACUGAAUGGCUUUGCGCUUAAAUAAAACUAACGUAAAAAUUUAACAUUGGAAUAUAUCUAUAUCAUUGAUUUCAGGUUUUCUUAUCAAUUCUCUUUCAGAAGCUUGUCCAACAACAAACAUUACAUGAAGAUUUUUGGAAGAAGUGUGAGCUCAGUGAACUUAGUUUCGGCUGCAGCUGUAUUUAUAAAUAGUGUUUAACUUUACCACUAUUAACUAACUCCAAAGUUGGUGACCUUUAGAACAGACUCUCACUUGACUACUUUUGUGAGAAAGCAAUGCCGUUCGAGCGAGAUCAAGUACAAGUGCCAGUGAUGCCGGUUUUAACUAUCACAGGCUUCAAGCGUAGCGUGCCGACAGUGGACGUGAUAUCACUUUACACGCCAGGACAUUACAAGUGUAACAGUAAUGACAGUGACAUCGUGUGUCAUUUAAGUUCUUCGACAGGUCAACCCUCGGAUCCUACUCUGUCUAACUGUCUUCAAAGUUCAAAAAAUUUAAGCGAAAAACCUUCGGAGGUCGAUGUUGCCACGUUUAUUCCAGUACCAACUCAAAGAACAAGCUCAUUGCGUUCUUUAACACUUCGAUAUAAUGGAGAUACAGUUAGUGGAUCUUCAACACCAGUGUUAACUGGGUUUCGCAGUCUUAGCGACUCAAAUUUUGAGUUGAAGAGUAAAACCUUCGAAAUUUGUAAAAAUAAACUUGACCAAACCAAGCAAUUAACAUCCUCAAUACUACUAAAGGUUUCCACAAAUCCUAGUCUGGUUAGUAAUAGUACCAAUACCGACACCGUUUCGAGUCUAGAACAUAAGAAAAAUUUAUUGACCAGCUGUUAUCAGUGGAAAACACUAGUAUCAUCCCAGGUUCAAGAUACAAUAUCUAUAAAUAACGCGAUACUUGGGUCAUCUCCGACCAUUGGUCGUUCCAGAAGAGAUUCUUCGGUGUCAGAGGAUUCGACAAGCAGUGGUUACGGCAGUAGCUCUUCUACUGACAGUGUUAAAACGUGGAAAUUAACAGGACUGAAUAAUUUAGGAAAUACGUGUUUCAUUAACGCAAUAGUACAAUGCCUUUGUCAUACGGAACCUUUAUUUGAAUACUGUAUCCAUGGCAACUAUGAAGAUGACAUUAAUACUACAAUCAGCAACAUGAAAGGAGAGCUCAUGAAGGCGUUUGCAAAACUGGUUCACUCCAUGUCUAGAGCUAACAGCAGUGUACCAACCUGUUUGAAAGAUUUCCAUAGCCAACUCCGUGUUUUUACAUCAUGUUUUCCAAGUAACAGUCAACAAGACGCACAAGAAUUUUUGCGGUACUUACUGCAAGGAUUACACGAAGAUGUCAAUACGGUUAGAACAAUACUACCUACUGUUACACAAGACAUAGACGAAACUCUCAGCGAAUCUCAGAAAUCUACUGAAGCAUGUCAAAGAUAUUUAAGGAAUGACAACAGUAAAAUCAUAGACAUCUUUCUUGGUCAACUGAGAAGUACGCUUCAAUGUUUAGUGUGUGGGCACGCAUCUGUAACCUUUGACCCUUUCUGGGAUCUCUCUGUAUCCAUUCCUAAGGGAUUUAACAAGGUUUCUAUACAGCAAUGUUUGGAUUUGUUCACGAAGGAGGAACUUCUAGACGGAGAUGAAAAACCAACUUGCUCCCAAUGUAAAACAAGACAGAGGUGUUCCAAAAGGUUCUCCAUUCACAAGUUUCCUCAGAUUCUUGUUCUUCACAUAAAACGCUUUUCUUUAGCUGGGAAAAAUCAACCAAAAGAAUUCACCGCAAACGUAGAGUAUCCACUGAAAAACUUCAAUCUUCGACCUUUUGCAUCAGAACGUGUUUCCUACAUUCCGAUGUACAAUCUUUACGCUGUGGCUAAUCACAGUGGAUCUGGCGAUUCUGGACACUACACGGCAGUCUGUCGACACCCAUAUACUGAAGAGUGGCAUCAGUUUAAUGAUACAAAGGUUUCCAAGGUAUCUUCCAAACGCGUAGUAUCUUCUAACGCAUACAUCCUGUUUUAUGAACUCUCAAGUCACUGUUCACGAUUGUAAUCUCUAUGAGAUAUUAUUUCACUGUGUAUAUAAUGGUAAUAAUCAUGACAAGAGAGCUCUUUCUAUUGGACAACAUUUUACCAAAUGGUCAGCAAUUAUUGGAGCUUCUCGACCAUUGGACUGAAAUAAGCCGUUUGUUGAAUUAAUCAUCUAUAUUUUGUUGGAAAUUAUUACAAAGAAAUUUUAUCUUAAAGAAUUUGUUAUUUUCAAUAAACUGGGAGAAUUUUAAUACUAAUUUGCUGUUAGGCAAAAAAAUUACCGAUACUUUUAGCAUGUUUAAAUUAGGCUUGUUAUGAAUCGUAUUGACAAUAGUUUUCUAGAUGUUCACAUAAAAAAAUCCAUUAUUUACAAAAUUUAAUUAAUUUGAAUGUACAGAGGUUGGAAGAUUGUAAUAUCUGGUAUGUAGUGUGGUUGGUUAUAUGAAAUAUUUUAUUUAUGGUCUUCUAUCUUGCCAGGUUGGCUUUCAGAGCUAUUUAAGAUUGUAGCUAUAUAAUUCUUCAUAUAAACCUUGAAUAAAAAUUAAUAUAAUUGAAUUUGUGGCGGUAACAGAUAGUGCAUGCACGUAUACGUGAUGACGCCACUACCAACCCUCUUGCUAUUCCUGGACAUUACAAACUAAAACAAGAUAAGAACGAAAUAUGUAAUCUUUAACAAGCAAAGUGAAAAUAAUUUUAUUGGUGUCAAAAACAGUUCAAUAUAAUUUUAUAUUAGCAGAUUAACACCCUUGACAAUUACUAGAAUAAUAAAAAAUUGGAUGUUUGAAAGAAUUAUAUGAA